ACGGUCUCUCUUAUCCUCGCUGCCGAGCGGGGAGCCGGCCUGAGCUGCAGAAGCUGACGGUGACCGGGCCUCAGUAGCCGGACGCUCCUCGAACACCAUAAACAAAAGUAAUAGGGUGAUAAUUUCCAUUAAACAAAUGCUUUUGGGGGCAUACCUGUCAUACAUUAAGCAAGCGUCAGGCACGACCUCCCCGUGUUAUAUCCGGUCACACGUUAUCAACCCAAUAUAUAUAUCCGGCUCUCCUCCUGUCACCGGGUCGCCCGUUUUACCGAAAUCAUAAAGAUAAAUCCUUUCCUGUAAGCUUUCGGUCUCCUGCACCUUACUGUUUCCUGAGACCUCAGCAUAGUGCAAUUUGCCUUUCCCUUCCACGAAUUACGGGAUAAGCGGUCCCUGUUAGUUCGCGUUAAGCUGCUCUGCCGUAUUGUUGUUACAGGGCACCGUUGUAGUUAGAAAUCUUUCCUCUCGUGUCUCCUGUGGAGACCCCCCUCCCUAGAAGCGGGCCCUUUACCCCCAGUAGGGUAAUGCACGCAGCCGCCAGCAGUUAUCCCAUGGCUUCCCUGUAUGUGGGUGACCUGCACCCCGAUGUAACGGAGGCCAUGCUGUAUGAGAAGUUCAGUCCUGCCGGGCCUGUCCUGUCUAUCCGGGUGUGUAGGGACAUGAUCACCCGCCGCUCCCUGGGAUACGCCUAUGUCAACUUCCAGCAGCCUGCAGAUGCCGAACGGGCCCUGGAUACUAUGAACUUCGAUGUAAUCAAAGGGAAACCUAUUCGCAUCAUGUGGUCCCAGCGUGACCCGUCACUAAGAAAAUCUGGUGUGGGCAAUGUGUUCAUCAAGAACCUGGACAAAUCAAUAGACAACAAAGCACUUUAUGAUACUUUCUCAGCAUUUGGGAAUAUUCUCUCAUGUAAGGUGGUGUGCGAUGAGAAUGGCUCCAAGGGGUAUGCUUUUGUGCACUUUGAGACACAGGAUGCUGCGGACAGAGCCAUAGAGAAGAUGAAUGGCAUGCUGCUCAACGAUCGCAAAGUGUUUGUUGGGCGGUUCAAAUGCCGCAGGGAAAGAGAGGCGGAACUUGGAGCCAAAGCCAAGGAAUUCACAAAUGUUUACAUCAAGAAUUUCGGGGAAGACAUGGAUGAUGAAAGACUGAAAGAGACAUUCAGCAAAUACGGGAAGACCCUGAGCGUUAAGGUGAUGACUGAUCCCAGUGGCAAGUCCAAGGGGUUUGGCUUUGUCAGCUUUGAAAAGCACGAAGAUGCCAAUAAGGCGGUAGAUGACAUGAAUGGAAAGGAUGUGAAUGGGAAGAUCAUGUUUGUAGGAAGAGCUCAAAAAAAGGUGGAACGUCAAGCAGAGCUGAAAAGGAGGUUCGAGCAAUUAAAGCAAGAGAGGAUCAGCCGCUAUCAGGGAGUGAAUUUAUACAUUAAAAACUUGGAUGAUACCAUUGAUGAUGAGAAGUUACGGAAGGAAUUUUCUCCAUUUGGUUCAAUCACUAGUGCCAAGGUAAUGUUAGAAGAUGGCCGUAGCAAAGGUUUUGGGUUUGUCUGCUUUUCCUCACCAGAGGAAGCCACUAAAGCAGUGACUGAAAUGAAUGGGAGGAUAGUUGGAUCCAAGCCAUUAUAUGUAGCACUGGCUCAAAGAAAGGAAGAACGCAAAGCUCAUCUCACCAAUCAGUACAUGCAACGCAUAGCUGGAAUGAGGGCCUUACCUGCCAACACGCUUAUGAACCAGUUUCAGCCUGCCCCGGGGGGAUACUUUGUGCCAGCUGUAGCUCAAGCUCAGAGCAGACCUACAUACUAUGCACCCAAUCACAUGCCUCAGAUGCGACCUGGUCCCCGCUGGCAGCAGGCAGGACGUCCGCAAGGUUUCCAGCCCAUUCCAAACACACUACGGCAGAGUGGUCCUCGCCAGUCACUACGACACUUGACGCCUUCCAGUACUCAGGGCUCCCGUGCCAUCCCAACUGUAACCCAGAGAGUUGGGGUAUCCUCAGCCACUCAGACCAUAGGCCCUCGACCGCCUGUCUCUGCUCCCCCGCCUCGUGCUGUGCCUCCGUACAAAUACACGCGCUGUCCACUUCCAGCAGUGCAACCAAUGCAGACCCCACAACCAGCUGUCCAUGUGCAAGGACAGGAGCCUCUUACGGCGUCCAUGCUUGCUGCUGCCCCACCCCAGGAACAGAAACAGAUGUUGGGAGAACGACUCUUCCCUCUGAUUCAAGCCAUGCACCCCUCACUUGCAGGAAAGAUUACAGGCAUGCUGCUAGAAAUAGAUAAUUCUGAGCUCCUGCACAUGCUAGAGUCCCCUGAGUCUCUGCGAUCUAAGGUGGAGGAAGCGGUGGCUGUUCUACAAGCUCACCAGGCCAAAAAAGAAGCGGUGCAGAAAGUGGGGAUUGUUGCUGCUACCUCCUGAACCAGGCUGACCUGGAACACAGAAGCCAAAUUCUCAAAACGUGUGAGGGUUUGGGGGAAGUGGCUGGUAAGUCUCGUCCCCUCCACAUGCUGCUUAUCUCGGCUGGAGAUCCCGUCUUGUUUGUAAAACCUGAGGUCUAUGCACUACAUUGCUUUAAGCUCUUGGGAUCCUUUCUAUGGAAAACCUGACAUUGUUCUUCAGAUUGCAUAGGGAUUGGAUUUUUGUUUGGUUUGAUGAAAAAUGUUUGAAUGUGACAUCAUGGAUCUGUUUUCCAAUGGAAUAAUAAAAUGAUUUGAGAAUCUG